AUCGUCGUUGACAUUUUUUAGGAUGAAUUUUUCAAUUAGCGUAUCAAAAAUCAGACUGCUUUUCUCGCACUGCCAAAAUGACAAUGAUUAAAUGUGCUGAUGUAGCAAGACAAGUACGUAAUGUAUCUGCCAAUAUCUUAACCUGUCAGGUUGAUGGGGAGCAAAUAUAGCGCGCAAACGCUUGCCAACAUCGCUGAAAAAAGUAGCGUACCUUCAUCAUGUUAUUACACCUCCGGUUUACAAUCUACGGACUUUUCUUUUCGAUUUCUAGUAGUGUUUCAGCCGUAACAUCAGCGGCGCCUCACAGCAGCGCACAGGUGGAGGCCACACACAGUCAUGUGGCUGGUGAGAGAGAAAUCUGUCCGCGUGCAGCGCGGAGAGGAUUGCGCGCCUCCAAGCUUGACAACAGCACGCGCGCGCGUCCUCGCACGAACUAGAACGCCUGUCCACCUUUCCCUUGGAGAGGGACCAUCGCAGUAAAGCGAAGCAUAGCGAUAAGUAAAAGCAAAAAAUUAAAAUAUAGCUGAGGAGGGUGACCGGCUCUGGUUAGUUUGUGGUCCAGCUCAAGGUGGAACCGCGAGGACUGCACGAGCAGCACAGCAGCGCACAGCCGUUCUCUCACGCUCACUUCGCGCCGUGCCGAACAUGGAGGGGAUGGCAUAUGGAGCCGGGAAGGCUGGCGGCGCCUUCGACCCCUUCACGUUCAUCCGGCAGCCGCCUACUAUUCUCCGGAUGGUGUCCUGGCUUUUCACCAUCGUAAUAUUUGGUUCCAUUGCCAACGAGGGUUAUGUGAACCGGCCUGACGAGGUGGAGGAAUACUGUAUUUUCAACCGCAACCAGCAUGCCUGUAACUAUGGUGUUGCCAUGGGGACCCUGGCCUUCCUAUCCUGUGCGGCCUUCCUGGUGCUGGACGUCUACUUCCCCCAGAUCAGCAGCAUCAAGGACCGUAAGAAGGCUGUGUUGGCUGACAUUGGGGUGUCUGCAUUCUGGUCCUUCAUGUGGUUCGUUGGCUUCUGUUUCUUGACCAACCAGUGGCAGGCAGCAAAGCAGGAAGACAACCCACUAAACGAGGGUGCAGAUGCAGCACGGGCUGCCAUCACCUUUUCCUUUUUCUCCAUCUUCACCUGGGCGGGCCAGGCAUUCUUGGCCUUCCAGCGAUACCAGCUUGGGGCAGACUCGGUCCUCUUCUCCCAGGACUACGCUGACCCCAGCCAGGAUCCGGCUGCCGCUGGCGCCCCCUACAAUGCCUACCCCGCUGGCGGCGACAUGGAAGACCAAACCAACACAGGCUCUUACCAACAGCCAAGCAUGGAGGAUGCCUUCGAUGGGGGGUAUCAGAGUCAGUACUGAGUCAGAUGAAGCACU